GGCAUCUGACUGCUGGCAAUAACAAUACAAUGUCGAAUGAAUUUAAAUUUCAAAUUUUACUCAAAGAGAUACACAAGUGAACCAACGCUCGCGAAUGACCUCCCACUGACGGCCACUCGAGCAAAUGCGGUUUUCGCGCAGCACCGGUUGCAAUAUCGGUGAUCAUAGGCUCACGAGAUGAUAGUGCAUAACAUAGAGUGAUCGAUGAAAAGGCGCACCCUCGCGUCGAAGGAUAUUUCAAAUUGAACAGGUGGCAACUUAUUGAACUUUACGCGUUCCCAUAAAUUCAUCUACAGAUGAUUUAUUAUUUUCCAACGUAUUCUCCGAGUUAUUCACGGAACAAGUGUGAAGAUAAUUCGAUGAGAAAAACACUAAUUGGAGGAUACAACCGGCAGUAAGUCAGUUGAGUGGAACGCGACAAGACGAGCGGCGUUCGAGUGGAACAAACAUUGCAUUUAUUUAUGCUUGAGCUAGUUUUAUCUCAGCCAUGAGCGUAACUAGAAAUUUACAAAUUAUGACAUUCUCAGUACUCCAGAGCUGCUGGCCGGCAGGCAAAUGACAGCAAAACCACCGUAAAUUUCGACGAAUUAUCAUUCCGUCGCUAAUAAACUACGAAACAACAGCGCGCUGGCGAGGAGGCUACAAAUGAUUGCAAGUUAAACAUCGCCAUCUUUAUCAUCGCGACUAGGCAAAAACAUCAAACUUAGCGAGAGCCUCGAGUGAACACACAAGUGAAUCCAUGUUACACAAGUGGCGGAAGAAGUGAGUGAUAGUGGUUUCAUAACGUAAGGGAGAUGCAGAAGGUGCAAAAUUCUGCUAAAAUCACCCCAGAAGUGAAAUCAUCAGAAUAAGUGUAGUCCAAAGUGCCAAAGAAAAAAAAAUGUCAUACAGCUACGACACAACGGGUCGCUCCGGCAGCCAAAGCUCGAUAUACGACUACCCGGAACAUCUGAAUCCUUUCUACGAAGACGAGAACCAUAAGCGUUUGCGAUUUUGGAACUUCCGAUCACUUAAGCCGAAAUCAGAGCGUCGCGGUAGUCUGUCCAGCAUUAGAGAUGGCCUGAGAGAUAUGUGGGAAUUUAAAACAUUUCGCGUCAAAAAGAAACGCGCAUCGUCGCUAGGAGUUACAAAAACAUCGGAAAGUCCACCACCGCUACGGAGGAAUGAACAUGAUUUGCAUUACAACACAAUCAGUAAUGCCUCGGCCUACCGGAACACGAUCAAUACCGUAGGACACAAUCCACGGUACACGCAGUCCAACACAACCACUCCGCUGUUUCAACGCAACUCGUGUUACCGCAGCUCAUUGCAGGACCAGUCGAGGAACAACGGAAUUGGCCUCUAUAGGAACGAUCGCUAUCGAAGCACAAUCCAGAAUGGGUACGCGACAUAUAGCGGUAACGGCAUGGUUACAUCGACCCCUCGGUCCCGAUAUGAUAACGUCGCCACCAGCGGACGUGGAAUGACUGCAGGGGUUUCACAAUCUAGUCUAAAAAGCACCAACCCCUUCGAAGAAGAUGACCUCGAUGAUAGUGUCUCAUUGGCCGAGAGCUGCAUCAGUGCCGGCGGAACCGUGCGGCAAAGUAUGACAAGGCCACGCAAGAAGCGACGAGCUCCUGCGCCUCCACCAAGAUCGGUAAAUACUUCGAGAGACUCUUCAGAUGCAUCCCUCCUCGCUACGAGAUUAACAAUUGAAGAGACCGCACCGUCGGAAAGCUUGGAAAAUAUUCGAGAUCUAACCAACCUCACGGCGGAGAUUGAAUCAUUUGUACGGACAACUUCAGACGAUGAGUCGAACAAACCUUCCCCUGAAAAGGUCGACCAUAGUAACAACGAUGAAACCUCAAGUGAUUCCAACAACAAUAAUGUCACGGAACGUAUAAUAUCUACCACCACGCAUGAAACUACAGAGAUCAAACAGCUAACAUCCGAAAACAAUCAUGAUCGAAUCAACCGUGAGGUGGCGUGUGAGGAGUCAUCCAACGCAUCGGUACCGAUUUCAGCAACAGCCGCUCCCAUAGAUAUACCAGAACCAGUUGAAGAGAUAUCUCAAAUAGAAGUACUGAAAAUUGUUGAAGAAACAAAACAUUCGACACCACCCCAACCACCCCCGAGAGCAAGGGUCCCUCCGCCGCCGAUACCACAAACGCCACCAUUACUAUCCGAAGAACUGGAUUUUGAAAAUUUGUCGCUUCCGGAAACCCCAGUCCCAGCUCGUCGUCAAAACAGAAAUCGCUAUCCAAACACGGAAAACGGGGACAUUCUGAGAAUCACGGAAUCCUCGGACUCCGUCACCACUAUCACCCCUGAAGAGGAGGAAAACAUGGAAUCCAAAGUGAUCAAACAUGUAAACUACGAGUUCGAAUACAAGGUGGAACCCAUCAAAACGAAAAUAAGCGAAAAAAUCGAUACGGCGCGCAUGAAGAUAAGUGAGUCAUCAGGCGAUAUCAGUUCGCUUCCGAACGCGGGCACCGAAAGGCGACGCUCGGUUCGAGAUAUCAUCGAAUCAAUCAACAAGAGCCAAAGUCUUCUGAAGGGCAACUAUGAAUCGACGGGCACUCUGUAUUCCGCGCAAUCGAGCGAUAGUGUCAAUCGCAGCAUUAGGGAACUGAACGAGCGGGAAAAGGAAAUCCAACGGAUGCUACGCGAGAUGGACGCCAAUUUGAACGACGAGCCGGUGCCAGAAUUGCCACAACCAGUCCAACCCACCAAAAAACGUGGAUCGUACUACGACAACGUACCGGAAACCGACGAAAAUAUGGACAACCUGGAGGAUCGCAACAAUCUGUUGAGUAAAUCGGAAAUGCGAUCGAAGAAGAGCCCAACCAAAUCGCUAGGCAUUGAACCCAACGAGGAAGUACAAUUUCAAGAUUGCAUCGACUGGAAUCCGUUGCCCAAGCCCCGAAGAAGUCGUCAUUUUCCCGAACCUGUCAGUCAAACGUCAUCCGCGACGACGGGUAGUGUUUUGACGGCAGUUAACCACAAUAACAAUGUGAACAAUGAAAGUUAACUGCUGGCAGAAGGUGAAAUAAAUGAUUUAUUUUUUUUUUGUUUAUUUAUUGAAAUAAUCAUUUGCUGUACCAAACAGAGGUUGUCUUGAUCCUACAGAUAACUACUUUAGGGUUGGAGAUUAGUUGGGAUUGAUGUAUGUAUGUUACUGAGAGCUUACUGAAAAGAAUCUAAAUAAAUUCGUAGAUGCCAAAAGGA